AUGGCGCGGGCGCUGGAGGCGCUGCGGGCGCUGGAGGCGCUGCGCGCGCAGGGGCCGCCGGGGGUGGGAGGCGGCCUGCGGCUGGACCCGCCCCGCGGCGGGCGGGGUCACGUGACCCCCAGAGGCCCCGCCCCGCCAGGAAGGGCUCUGGGAGCCGGCGGGGGCGCAGACGGAGCGGGCGGGCGGGCGGGCGACGGCGGAAGUGACGGAGGGGCGCGCCUCGCUACGUGCGGCGACGUGGCGGCGAGGCCGGCGCCCGGCGGCGGAAGUGGCUCUCGCGCUGGGACUGGAGUGUUUGUGUUUUGGUUUGCGGAGGAGCCGGCGGCGGGCCGGGGGGAGGAGGGGGAGGAGGAAGAAUCAGUGGGAGCUCGAGCGCCGGGCGGCGGCUGCGGAGGAGGAGGAGGAGGAGAAAGGAAAGAGGAAGGCGGAGCGGAGAGAGGCGGGGACGGAGCCCGACGGGGGCGGCACCGCGGCGCGAUCCCCGCACCGUCCAGUCUGAGGGGAGCGGGGCGACUGGAGGACGCGCCGCCGCCGCUUCAGGCCCCGCUUGGGUUACGCCUGGAACUUGCAGCAGGAGCUUCGGCGCCGCCGCUCCGCGCGCUGCGAGCCCAGGUAGCCUCGCCGGCCUUCCGCCCGCGAAGCGGGUCAGAGCCCCGCUGGUCCGCGGGCCCCGCCGUCACAGGUGCCCCCAGCCUUCCUGCUCGCGCCGGGGCCCCAGCCGGAGAGCCGCCGGACGUGGUGUCUCGGCCCGGCGGCUCCGGUGGCCCUCUGCAGGGGCCCCGGAGGCCAGGGUUUGAGGACCGGCCGAGGGAACGGCGGGUGUCACCCCGUUCCCUUCUCAAGAUGGCGCCGCGAGAGCGGCCCGGAGGCCGCGGCGCCGCUGCCCUGUCCCGGCAGCUGGUUGGGGGGGUCAGCAGCCGGAGUCGGGCCGGGUUCGGGGAAGAAGCAGGAGGGAUGCGCGCGGGCCGGCGGACCUGCCUGCUGGCCGAUCGGAGCUGCUGCCUGUGGCUCCUGUGUUCCCCGAGGAGGGACCUGGGCCUCUGGCAGGUGUGA